ACAAGGUUGAGCUGAAGAAGCUACCAAUAAGAUAGGAGAGUGUUCCGGGAUUGGGCACCUGGCUCCUACCGGGACUUUUUGCUUAGCCAUCCGCUCUUGCAUCCGCUACACCACCUCUUUCCUCAACAGCCUAUGGUUUUGUUGGUUUUGUCCAAGCCCGCCAUUGGAACCGGUCGUCUAAUUUCACCUGUACAGGUAGCUGGUAGUUCAUCUCUCCCUGCUCGAGGUACUCCAACUAUCCACCAACAGGCGGUAACAUCAAAACAUUUCCCAACCGGGUCUUGUCGUUUCAAAAUAUCGCAAUUCAAGUCACCUGCUACGUCCUCUUACUUUGAACAGUAACAAGCUUUCUGCACCGCUUCCCUCAAAUUUCUGUUUAACCCUACGUUUUCCACAUCUGCCGGUCAAUCAUCCUCGCUAAUCCAAGAUCAUCACCUUCUUUGUUUUUAUACCGCCUUUUCAACAUGGCAACCAGUAGUGGCAAUACGGCGUCUGGUGCCACCAACGAUCAGAUCAUGGCAGCCCUCAAGCAAAUGCAAGAGGAACAGACUCGUCUUCUUUCUAUGCUGUCUCAGGGUGAACGUCAAGGCCUGCUGUCGUCUACCGGUACUGCCGGAUCAGGGCUCGAUUCGUCUGAGAGUGAUCUUACCGCCAGUCCGGGACUGACUGGGACUUCGUCGGCCGUGCCUGCGGAUGAGGCCGCCGAACGUGAUAGCACCUCACCCUCGACUUCAGGAACAAAGUCUAACUUUACGUCUCGUAUCGUGUUGACCACCUACCCGAAGCAAAUCGGCAUCAACCCCUUGCCCAUGAAAUGGGGAGCCCCCGAUGCUGUCCAGAGAGGACCAGUUGUUGUCCAGAGAGGACCAAGCACUAUCCGUAGACGGAACGCUAUUGGAGCUCACGGUGGAGGCUACUCUAUAUACUACGCGCUGGCUCUUGCGAGCCAAGAGCUCAAGGCGGACCACAGGCCUGACUUUACCAACACUGAGCCGGCCGCCGAGAUUGGGCCUUUCCCGCAAUGGGGGGACCCGAAGAAGAUCGUGGCAAUGGAUCCAUGGGGUCAUAUUGCUCCGUUUCUGUUCAAGGACGUUAUCAACAAAGAAAACGUCGAUAUCCGGCCAACUAUUGCGAUAACAAAAGCUCACAUGAAGCUUCCUGAGCUGGAGGAGAGCGUUCGCAGUGGUAGAUUGGUUCCGGAUGGCAAGGUCUGCAUAAAUGCUCAAGGAGAGCUUGCAGUCACUAAGUUUGCCGUUGAGCCUGUGUGGUAUCUCCCCGGCGUCGCAGAGCGCUUUGGCCUAGACGAGGGAACCUUGAGGCGCUCCUUGUUUGAGCACACCGGCGGCAGCUAUCCUGAGCUUAUCACACGAGGCGACAUCAAGGUUUUCCUGCCACCAAUCGGUGGACUUACCGUCUAUUGCUUCGGAGAUCCUGCCAAGAUGUCAGACCCAAAUUCCCGGCUGGCGCUUCGGAUUCACGAUGAGUGCAACGGAAGCGAUGUUUUUGGUUCAGAUAUUUGCACUUGCAGACCUUACCUUAUCUUCGGCAUUGAAGAGGCAGUGAAAGAGGCACAGAAUGGAGGCAGUGGUGUCGUCAUCUACUUCCGUAAAGAAGGGAGAGCUUUGGGAGAAGUCACAAAGUAUCUUGUGUACAAUGCGCGCAAGCGUGGUGAGGAUCGGGCUUCGGACUACUUCAAGAGGACCGAAAACGUAGCCGGAGUCAAGGAUAUGCGUUUCCAGGCUCUCAUGCCGGAUAUUUUGCACUGGUUGGGCAUCACUAAAAUCGACAGGAUGCUCAGCAUGAGCAACAUGAAGCACGAUGCCAUUGUUGGGCAGGGAAUCCCCAUUCACGAAAGAGUCGAGCUUCCCGAGUCCUGGAUCCCGGCAGACUCCCGUGUUGAGAUUGACGCAAAGAUCACAGCUGGAUACUUUACAACCGGGCACCGCAUGACGGAAUCGGAGCUUGCUUCUGUACAGGGCAGACUGUGGGAAGAUGUCGACCACUGAUUGGAAGAUGAGAAACCGGGAACGAGCCCCCGAAAGCACAAGUUGAGCGCUGGAAACUUCCAAGGCCAUUAGACCUUUGUCUGGUCUUGUCAAUCACAGUCAAAAAAAAGUAUUCAGCUCAUAUAGUUGCGAGGGCGACGCAAUCGCGAUGUUCUGACCAAUGUGCACCAGGCACGCAAGCAUGCAGAUUAGCGAUGUGACCGAGGCUGACUUAGUUAGGAUGUUAAUCAAAACGGACCGCCUUAAUCAUCCAUCCAUGAAGUUUUUAGUUACCUAACCUUUGACAAAUA